ACGCAAUGGCAUUUGACGGGCAGCCGUCAGCUAGUCAGCGGUUGCAAAUGGCGACAGCCACGAAAUCUCUGGCACCGACUCGCGAAUAGUUUCACGCCUACCGAGUACUGCGUGACCGAGCUGUGCGUGAACGUUACCCUAACCCAGAUCGGUGGUUUUAACUAAAACGAGACAAGAUGCCGGCUGUAAGAGGAGAUGGCAUGCGUGGACUGGCUGUAUUCAUUUCUGAUAUUAGAAAUUGUAAAAGCAAAGAAGCAGAGAUUAAGAGAAUAAACAAAGAGUUGGCAAAUAUUCGCAGUAAAUUUAAAGGAGAUAAAACGCUUGAUGGUUACCAAAAAAAGAAAUAUGUUUGCAAACUCCUUUUUAUUUUUCUGCUUGGGCAUGAUAUUGAUUUUGGGCAUAUGGAGGCUGUUAAUUUACUAUCAUCUAACAAGUAUUCAGAAAAACAGAUUGGUUACCUUUUUAUAUCAGUCUUAGUAAAUACAAAUAGUGAUCUCAUUAAGUUGAUAAUUCAGAGUAUAAAGAACGAUCUUGCAUCGCGUAAUCCGAUUCAUGUAAAUCUAGCAUUACAAUGUAUUGCCAAUAUUGGAAGUAAGGAAAUGGCAGAGGCAUUUGGUAAUGAAAUACCAAAACUACUUGUAUCUGGAGAUACUAUGGACGUAGUGAAACAAAGCGCAGCGCUAUGUUUGUUACGAUUAUUACGUACUGCACCAGAUGUAGUUCCUGGCGGAGAGUGGACUUCGCGUAUAGUACAUCUUUUAAACGAUCAACAUCUUGGUGUUGUGACCGCGGCAGCAUCUCUAAUAGAUGCUCUCGUGAAAAGAAAUCCGGAUGAGUACAAAGGGUGUGUCAGUUUAGCAGUUUCACGAUUGAGCAGGAUUGUCACGUCGAGCUACACAGACCUACAGGAUUAUACAUAUUAUUUUGUACCAGCACCGUGGCUUUCUGUUAAGUUACUACGAUUACUACAGAAUUAUACCCCACCUGCUGAGGAUCCAGGUGUAAGGGGUAGACUGAACGAGUGUUUAGAAACUAUAUUGAAUAAAGCUCAAGAACCACCAAAAUCGAAGAAAGUGCAACACUCGAAUGCAAAGAAUGCUGUAUUGUUCGAAGCUAUUAGUUUAAUUAUUCACAAUGAUAGUGAACUGCCUUUAUCGGUUAGAGCAUGCAAUCAGCUCGGUCAGUUUCUAUCGAAUCGCGAGACUAAUCUUCGCUACUUAGCGCUUGAAUCUAUGUGUCACCUAGCCACAUCGGAACUCUCUCACGAAGCGGUGAAAAAACAUCAGGAAGUUGUUAUCCUUUCCAUGAAGAUGGAAAAAGAUGUGUCUGUUAGACAACAGGCUGUGGAUCUUUUAUACGCCAUGUGUGAUAAGAGUAACGCAGAAGAAAUAGUACAAGAAAUGCUAAACUACCUCGAAACUGCUGAUUAUUCGAUUAGAGAAGAGAUGGUUCUUAAGGUUGCCAUUCUAGCUGAGAAGUAUGCUACCGAUUACACUUGGUACGUUGACGUCAUUUUGAAUCUCAUCAGGAUAGCUGGCGAUUACGUUUCGGAAGAAGUAUGGUACAGAGUUAUCCAGAUUGUUAUCAACAGAGAUGAUGUACAAGGAUACGCAGCAAAAAUGGUUUUCGAGGCCUUACAAGCACCAGCUUGUCAUGAAAAUAUGGUUAAAGUUGGUGGUUAUAUACUUGGAGAAUUUGGAAAUCUAAUUGCCGGUGAUCAACGCUCUUCUCCAGCCGUGCAGUUUCAAUUAUUACAUUCCAAAUAUCAUUUAUGUUCCCCAAUGACACGAGCGUUGUUAUUAUCAACGUACAUCAAAUUUGUUAAUUUGUUUCCGGAAAUGAGAAGUCAAAUUCAAGACGUUUUCAGACAACAUAGUAAUUUGCGUAGCGCAGAUGCAGAGUUGCAACAGAGAGCUUCGGAAUAUCUUCAGUUGAGCAUUAUUGCGUCUAGCGAUGUUUUGGCUACAGUUUUGGAAGAAAUGCCUGCAUUCCCUGAAAGAGAAUCUUCCAUUCUCGCCGUUUUGAAAAAGAAGAAACCCGGCCGUGUACCCGAAAACGAAAUUAGAGAAAGUAAAAGCCCUGCGCCAAAUACUAAUCAUCAUCCGGAAGUACCUGCUACCGCGGUACCAACUGUUAACAAUACAUCGGCAGAUUUGUUAGGUCUGUCGACACCACCGUCUUCUCAACCAACUAGCAACACAGGAGUUCUUCUAGAUGUACUAGGAGAUAUUUAUAACAUGCCAAAUAAAGUUGCUACCAAUGGUGCUCAGAAUACGUACAAUCCGAAGAAAUUCGUUUGCAAGAACAACGGUGUACUCUUUGAAAAUGACUUGAUCCAAAUUGGAGUGAAAUCGGAGUUCAGACAAAAUUUGGGACGCGUAGGACUUUUCUAUGGAAAUAAAACUCAGUAUGCUCUUCACAGUUUUCAACCUCAACUUUCCUGGUCUGAGGAGAAUCAAGCGAAAUUAGCUGUACAAGUAAAACCAGUCGAUCCAGUGUUAGAAGCUGGUGCUCAAAUUCAGCAAAUGAUUAAUGCAGAAUGUAUCGACGACUAUAGCGAUGCACCGAGCAUGAUCAUCUCAUUUAUCUACAACAACGUGCCACAGAAAAUAACAAUGAAGUUACCAUUAACGAUUAAUAAAUUUUUCGAGCCAACGGAAAUGAAUGGAGAGUCAUUCUUUGCACGAUGGAAGAAUCUCGGAGGAGCAAAUCAACAGCGUUCACAGAAGAUCUUUAAAGCGCAACAGCCAAUGGAUCUUGCGCAAGUUCGCACGAAAUUGCAAGGAUUUGGAAUGCAAUUACUUGAUGGUAUUGAUCCAAAUCCCGAUAAUUUUGUCUGCGCGGGUAUAGUACAUAUGAGGGCACAACAAGUAGGAUGCUUGUUACGUUUGGAACCAAACAAACAAGCGCAGAUGUUUCGUUUGACGGUACGUUCGAGUAAAGAAUCAAUGUCAGUAGAGAUCUGUGACCUGCUGGUGGACCAAUUUUAAACGGCCUAGCAGGCGUAAAAAUUAAUUUAAGAUGUAUUAAAAACGCCGUGGGAAGACAUAUCGUGAUUUACAAAAAGGAUGUCGUCUCUCGACGUUCAGAAAAGAUACUGAUGAUUAUUUGUUAAGAGAUAUUCGUUGUACCCAAGCUUACAAUCACAGCGCGAUCGUAAGAACUGAAUUCAUUAUGUAGGCGAAGCGUUGUUACCAUGUUGUAAUCCUACCAAACAAAGCACAGGAUUGCGGAGAAUAUGAACAAGAUGAAUUGUGUACAUGAAAAACGAAAAACGAAAAAAAAAAGAACAAAAAUACCAAACGGCAUAUAUAAUGACUAAGACGGACAAUAUUUAGUCCUCGAGCGAAGGUAACAAGUAUAUAGACAUUAUCCUGUUUCUUUUUUUUUUUAAUUUAAUAUCUGUCUUUAGUAAAAAUUAUGAUUCGUAACUAAACCAAUGACGUAUAGCUGUUUGCCACGAGUAUCUGUAGAAGGACAUUCGAGUUACCGCAACAUUACUAAUGUACAUUUUUUUACGAACCAUUUUAUAAUCAAUUAUUUUUCGUCUGACCAAA